GGAAGUGGUUGGAGCGCUUCCUAUGUCAUCGGCGAAUCGCCGCCAUGAGGCCCUUUUCCGUCGUAAGGGUGUGCGGAGUGGAAUCGUGUACACAAGAUGACAGACUGGGAGACUGCCCCCGCUGUUGCUGAAACCCCGGAGAUCAAGCUCUUCGGGAAAUGGAGCACAGAUGAUGUUCAGAUUAAUGACAUCUCUCUGCAGGAUUACAUUGCCGUAAAGGAGAAGUAUGCCAAGUACCUCCCCCACUCCGGAGGGCGCUAUGCUGCCAAGCGUUUCCGCAAGGCCCAGUGUCCCAUCGUGGAGCGUCUGACCAACUCCAUGAUGAUGCACGGUCGCAACAACGGCAAGAAGCUGAUGACCGUACGCAUUGUGAAGCACGCCUUCGAGAUCAUCCAUCUCCUGACCGGCGAGAACCCUCUUCAGGUUCUGGUCAACGCAAUCAUCAACAGUGGACCUCGUGAGGACUCCACUCGUAUCGGUCGUGCUGGUACCGUCAGGAGACAGGCCGUAGACGUGUCACCUCUGCGUAGGGUCAACCAGGCUAUCUGGCUGCUCUGCACUGGUGCCCGAGAGGCUGCCUUCAGAAACAUCAAGACCAUCGCUGAGUGCCUGGCUGAUGAGCUUAUCAAUGCCGCUAAGGGUUCCUCCAAUUCCUACGCCAUCAAGAAGAAGGAUGAGCUGGAGAGAGUGGCCAAGUCUAACCGUUAAACAUGUCAGUCACUUUUUACAAAAGGGGGAAAUAAAAUUGAUAAACACA